UUGGACGACAUGAGAAUUGCGAAAAAGAGGACUGCCAUCCGAACGACCCCAAGCUCACAAAAUCGAGCUGGAGCCCGGCGCGCAGCCCACUGUACGAACCCAAUGGCGCCUGAAUCAGCCCGAACUCCACGAAUUACGGAACCAGCUGGACUACCUGCUGACAAAAGGGUUCAUUCGGCCAAGCACAUCCCCGUUCGCGACACCGAUCCUAUUCACUCCAAAGUAGGACGGCUGACUUCGCAUGUGUACGGACUAUCUUACGAAUACACGGUGAUGCCGUUUGGAUUAACGAACGCCCCCUCGACGUUCCAGCUCACCAUGAACGGGGUGUUUCGCAAUCUACUCGACAAAUGCGUGAUCAUAUAUUUGGACGACAUCCUGAUUUACAGCAGGACCCGGGAGCAACAUCUCAAGGACUUGGAAGCGUUUUUUCGGCGGCUACAGCAGCAUCGCCUCAUCACCAAGGGCUCCACGUGCGAGUUUUUAAAACAAGAACUGGAGUUCCUAGGGCACAUGAUCUCUACGGAGGGGAUUCAAAUAGACCCAAAAAAACUCAGGGCUAUUCAGGAGUGGAAACCACCGACAAACCUGCAGCAGCUGCAAUCAUUUCUGGGCUUUGUGAAUUACGUGAGAUGGUUUAUACCCAACAUGGCGGGGUUAAGUGGACCUCUAACUGACCUAUUGCAGAAGGGGACUUCUUACGAGUGGGGGGAGAAGCAGCAAGCUGCAUUCGAGGCAUUAAAAAAACUUUUAAUGUUGUCACUAGUGCUUCGCAUCGCUGUCCCGGAACGGCCCUUCGAAGUCAUCACCGACGCAAGUGACAUCGCCAUCGGAGCAGUGCUCAUGCAAGAUUUCGGCAAUGGCCUUCAACCAAUCGCGUACGAGUCUCGGAAAAUGCAAUCUGCUGAGCGCAACUACCCGGUACACGAGAAGGAGAUGCUGGCGAUCGUCCACGCGUUCAAAAUCUGGAGGUGCUACCUGACUGGCGCAGAUGUGACGGUGCGAACCGACCAUAAAUCUCUACAGUACUUGAGGGCGCAGCCGAAUCCCAACCCGCGGCAGAUACGCUAGCUGGACUAUCUGGAGUCUAACUUCACGU